AUGCGCCCGGGCUCAGCCUCGCCCUGGAUUCGCGUCCUUCGGUUCCCCGGCGCCUCCCUGCCGCUUCCCGCGCGCGUCCGGGGACCACAGAGCCCGCGUGGGGCCCGAGGGAGGCUGGGCGGCCUGGGGGGACCCGGGCUGCGGCGCCUGAGGGGCAGGAGGCAAAGGGCUCCACCCCGGCCGGACACCGAAAGACGCGCCCGCCGGCGAGGGGCUCGGUGCCGGGCGGGGCGGGGGGGGGGGACCCCGAGCGGGGCUCCGGGGGCCGGCGAGGCCCGCGCGGACUCGGAGCGCCGAGGCCUCCACGGACCGCGCGCCGCCCACGGCUACGAAGGAGCCCGGGCGGCGGCCGCAGGGCCCCGUGGGGCUCCGCGGGGCGCGAGCCGCCGGCGGACCGGGCCCCCGCCUGGCCGUGAGUCGGCUCCGGGCUCCGGGCUCCGUCCGGGUCUCGGUGUCUCCCGCCCCGCCGGCUCUCGGCCCUCGUUUCGGCGGGGCCCCCGUCCCCCGGCGGGCCGGCCCCGGGGCCCAGCGAGGCCGGGACGCCCCUUCCGCCCCGGCCGCCCGCCCAGCGCCACCCACCUCGCCGCGGCGGACGGACCCCCGGAGCUGCCCCGCCGGGCCUCGCCGGGCCGGGCGUCCCCUCUCCCUCCCUGCCGCGGGGCCCGGGACGGCGACCGCCGCCGGGCCUCGGGGUGGCGGGGCGGAAGGAGCGAAAGCCCCGCGUGGCGCCAGCCCGCAGGGCCCCGGCCCCCGCGAACGCCGGGCGCCCCCGGCCCCGCCAUCGCCGACGGCGCGGCGUCGACGCGCGCGGCCCCGACCUCCGGGGACCCGCUCGGCUCCCGGCCCUCCGGGGUCCCCGCCCCCGGCCCUUCCGGCCCCGCCCCUCCCGCCGGGUCCCCGCCCGGGCCCGCUCACCUGGCGUCGCGCCGGCGUCGGGGAGUCUGGGGCGCCGUGGGGCCCCGCCCCGCGGUGCUCACCUCGCCGCUUCCCACUUCCCCCCCUCCGUCCCCGGGUCCGGAUCCAUCCAGACUCCACGCCUUUGCCGGGAGGUGGGCGCGGGGAGAGGGCGGUGCGCGCCGGGAGCGCGCGGGAGAGGCCGGGCACCGCGCGCGCACGCGGGCCGCCUGGCACCCCGGAGCUGGACCCCUCCGGCCCCUCGGGGAAGACGGGCGCAGGGCCGAGAUCCUGGGGGGCGGACGCGAGCGCCGGCCCCCUGGGCCCCAGGAUGGAGCGGGCGGGCGCCGCGCUUUCCCGGGACCCCCGCCUCGCCGCCCGGUCCCCGCAGUGACACUGGGUGUGGGGGACCCCAGGGCCUCGGCGUUUCCUUCCCUGGAGCUCGGGGGCUGGGCUGUGUCCGCGCCUGCGGCCUCGGUGCUGCCUUUCCCGGACCUGGGCGCACGCCUGUCCCCGGGCGCCGGGCGGGCUCCGGCCCCGGAGGCUGCGGGCGGGCCGGCGGGCAGCGCGGGGUGCGACCCCGAGGGGCUGCCGCCGGCGCCUGGACGUGGGGCCCCGGCCGGGCCGGGGGUCCCGGAGCCGCCAGCCCCGGAGCGCAGCCUGGGGCGCGGGCGCGUUUCCUUCCGCGGGAGUUCCUCGCACGAUCGCGCUCUUUGGCCCCCGCCCGUGGGCCCGCCCGGGCCUCACCACCCCGCCAGCCGGCGACCGCUUUUCCUCCCGCUGCGCGGGGCCCCUCGGCGCCCCCCACCCCGCUCCGCCCGGGCCGGGGCCCCCUUCCCGGAGGGCGCGCUCCGCUCCAGCCCCGCGCGCACCCGCGGCGUCAGCGCGUCCCGGCCAGGCUCGCUUGGGUUUGACGUCGUUUCUGAAAUCACGAAAAUCCAUUUUCCCCCAAAGGGGCGGGGGCCGGGCCCGCGCUGGGGGCCGAGCCCGGCAUCGAUCUCGCGUCUUACUCCUCCCCCUCGGUCCUCCCUUUCCCCUCUCCCUCCUCCACCCGCGUCCUCGCCCUCCCCACCGUCUCCUCCUCCACCCUUCCCCUCCCCACCGCCCGAGCUCCGCCUGGCGCGCCAGGGACUGGCGCUCUCCAGACCCCGUGGACCGCAGGGGACGCGGGUCGUGGAGCUGGACGCGCGGCCCCGUGGGGAAGGCCGGCCUCAAGCGGGGCGCCUCCCGCCUCCUCGCGGAUUCGGACAGGUCCGAAGAGCUCAUUACGAUGACUUCGGAUCCAAGGGCACCCCCGACGCAGCCGUCAUCUUAACACUUCAAUGCCAAGAUCUCAACUGCCAGCUAGGGCCGCGGCAGGACUCGCUAAACACACCGAAGACCCUGCGCUUCAUCCCCAGCCCCAGAAUAAAUAAGUGA